UGCGCACCCGCCGUAGAGGGCUGAAGGUCCUGCCAACGGCUCUCUUGGUGUCUCAACGUUCCGGUCAGCAGCUUUUUGCCGUUUCUCUUUCUCCACUACUUGAGCGAGCAGCCAUGAGUUGGACUGUGCCUCUUGUGCGGGCCAGCCAGAGAGUGAGCUCGGCGGGAGCGAAUUUCCUGUGCCUGAGGAUGGCCCUGUGUCCCCGUCAGGCAGCGCGCAUCCCACUCCAGGGCGCCUGGCUCUUCACCUCCGUGAGCAAGAUGACGACUGUGAAGAGUGCGCUUAUUGAGCGCUUCACUUCUGAGAAGCCGGUUCAUCACAGCAAGGUCUCCAUCAUAGGCACUGGAUCGGUGGGCAUGGCCUGCGCUAUCAGCAUCUUAUUAAAAGGCUUGAUCGAUGAACUUGCCCUUGUGGAUCUUGAUGAAGGCAAACUGAAGGGUGAGACGAUGGAUCUUCAACAUGGCAGCUCUUUCACGAAAAUGCCAAAUAUUGUUUGUAGCAAAGAUUACUUUGUCACAGCAAACUCCAACCUAGUGAUUAUCACAGCAGGUGCACGCCAAGAAAAGGGAGAAACGCGCCUUAAUUUAGUGCAGCGAAAUGUGGCCAUCUUCAAGUUAAUGAUUUCCAAUAUUGUCCAGCAUAGUCCCCACUGCAAACUGAUUAUUGUUUCCAAUCCAGUGGAUAUCUUAAGUUACGUAGCUUGGAAGCUGAGUGCAUUUCCCAAAAACCGUGUUAUUGGAAGCGGCUGUAACCUGGAUACUGCUCGUUUUCGUUUCUUGAUUGGACAAAAGCUUGGUAUCCAUUCUGAAAGCUGCCAUGGAUGGAUCCUCGGAGAGCAUGGAGACUCCAGUGUUGCUGUGUGGAGUGGAGUGAACAUAGCUGGUGUCCCUUUGAAGGACCUGAACUCUGAUAUAGGAACUGAUAAAGAUCCUGAGCAAUGGAAAAAUGUCCACGAAGAAGUGAUUGCUACUGCCUAUGAGAUUAUUAAAGUGAAAGGUUAUACUUCUUGGGCCAUUGGCCUAUCUGUGGCUGAUUUAACAGAAAGUAUUUUGAAGAAUCUUAGGAGAACACAUCCAGUUUCCACCAUAAUUAAGGGCCUCUAUGGAAUAGAAGAAGAAGUAUUCCUCAGUAUUCCUUGUAUCCUGGGAGAGAAUGGUAUUACCAAUCUUAUAAAGAUAAAGCUGACCCCUGAAGAAGAGGCCCGUCUGAAAAAAAGUGCAAAAACACUUUGGGAAAUUCAGAAGGAGCUCAAGAUUUAAAGUUGUCUGAAACUACUAUUCCGAAAUUAUUGAAGAGAUCACAGAUACAGGAUUAUAUAACGAAAUUCUGAAUAAACUUGAAUUCCUAAAAGAUGGAAACAGGAAAGUAGGUACAGUGACUUUCCUAUUUAUUUAGUCCUCCAGCUCUUUUAUUUAGCAUCCACGUGCUGGAUGAUACUUAUUUACAAUUCCUAAGUGUUUUUGGUACCUCUGAUGUAGCAGCACUUGCCUUGUUAUAUACAUGUUGUUAGCAUUUGGUUCCCAAAAAGUAGGAUGCAGGUAUUUAUUGUGUUCUAGACAUUCUGAUUCUUUUCAUUAGAUAUAUGCUAUCUCUUUCAUUCUUGCUGUGUUACACCUAUGUUCAUUUAUAUGCUGUAAAGCAGUAGCUUCUUCUACAGUAUAAAAAUAAAAGUAUGUACAUACAAAAAAA